UCCUAUGAUAUGAUGUUGCAAAAUGUGACAUGCGGGUUCGUUGCAAUAGGCUCGGAUGGAAAGGGGCGGUGUUUAUUGAUUAACAGUAUUCAUAAUAAGUACACAAGUAUAUAAUGUAAGCGAGACAUCAAACACCCUUCAUUAAGAAACAGUCUGCUUUGUGACUGAUGUACUGCCACAUUUUCACAACAAUAUUGGCGCCACCAGAACCGUGUUUCUGUAUAAGCAAAGCGCAAGAGUUGCAUCAACACGCCAAGAGAAAGCACUUUUUCAGCAGGAUCAUGAUGGAAGGUCAUGGUAAAGACAGAAGGAUGACUAAACUGUGGAUAUUGACGUUACAGUUAUGCGUUUAACCUGCAUCUCACUGUCUGGAUAAAAAGGAUUCUCAACUUCUGCGCGUAUUGGAUUGCGGAGCUGGGUUUAGUCCUAAAGGGUUUUGAAGAAGGAUUUAUUUCCCUUUCCCUAAUUUCAUAUUUCCUCAUCAUCCCAUCACUGCUUGGAAUAGCAGCUCUCUGAUGAGAACAGGUUAUUUUUCAAAGGCUACGAACCGAUCUGUGGAAAAGAAUGGCAACUUGGUUUACCUUUAUCAUCGCAAUUGUUAUAACGAUUUUUACGCAGGUUCUGGGAUCUGGUGUAUUCGAGCUUGAUCUUCAUCAAUUUCAGAAUAAUAGAAGUUUGCUGGCAAACGGCAUAGCUUGCAGUCCAGCCUGUAGAACUUUUUUCCGAGUUUGCUUGAAGAACUACCAGACGAUAGUGUCACCAGGUGACUGCUACUUCGGCAGUGUCGUUACACCUGUACUAGGCAACAACUCGUUCAGCGUCAUGGAGGACGGCACGUUCACUAAACCUAUUCGCCUGCCACUCACCCACUUUGCAUGGCCGGGUUCGUUUUCUCUAAUCAUUGAAGCAUGGUAUUCUCCUUCAGCGGAUCUACCUGAAGAUACAAACAACCCUGCCUCAUUGAUUAGUUAUUUUUCCAUCCAAAGAAAGUUGGAAGUAGGGGAUGAGUGGUCCCAGGAUGUGCAGAGUGGGGGGCAGACGGAGUUAAGGUACUCAUACCGGUUCAUCUGCAUUGAAAAUUACUACGGGGACAGUUGUUCCAAAAUAUGUGCUCCAAGAGACGACCGUUUUGGCCACUACACCUGCAACCCUGAAGGGCAAAUAUCAUGUCUACCGGGCUGGAAGGGACAAUACUGCGAAGAAUCAAUAUGCCUCAAAGGGUGCAGCAAAAAUAAUGGAAAUUGCUCAAGGCCAGGAGACUGUGUAUGCAGAGAGGGCUGGCAGGGAACCUUCUGUGAUGAGUGUAAGAGACAUCCGUCCUGUAAACACGGUACCUGUCAGCAGCCCUGGCAGUGCACCUGCAAAGAGGGCUGGGGAGGCCUCCUCUGUGACCAAGAUCUGAACUAUUGUACCCAUCACAAGCCGUGUCAUAACGGGGCCACCUGUAUGAACACGGGCCAGGGGAGCUACACCUGUACCUGCCAGCCGGGCUUCACAGGGGACACGUGUGACAGCGAGGUCAGGGAGUGCGACAGCCAGCCCUGUCGGAAUGGAGGCCUAUGCUUGGACCUUGAGAACGGCUAUAGGUGUGCAUGCACGCAGGGGUACGAGGGGACGCACUGCGAGCACAGAAUGCUGACUUGUGCCGAUUCACCCUGCUUCCAUGGGAAUUGCAGAGAAAGGGACAAAGGGCGGAGCUACAUGUGCGAGUGCCCAGGGGGCUUCACUGGACUCAAUUGUGAGAAGAAAGUGGACAAAUGCACCUCCCUGCCCUGUACAAACGGUGGACGUUGUGUUAUUCACGGCACCACACGCUGGUGCAGCUGCCGCUCAGGCUUUACUGGCCCACGCUGCGAGAUCAACAUCAACGAGUGUUCCAUGAACCCCUGCGCCAACGGAGCCACCUGCAUGGACCGCAUCAACGACUACACCUGUAUCUGCCCCCUGGGCUACACCGGCCGCAACUGUGACAAGCCCACUGACCGCUGUGCCCCCAAACCCUGCCUGAACGGUGGGACCUGUACCGACGGGGCCAAAGGCCAGCCUGCUGCCUGCACCUGCCCAGCCCACUUCAGCGGCCCCCAGUGCCAGUACUACGAUGUGCCUUUACUCAUCCCCCCCAGCCCCAGCCCCAGCCGUGUCAGAGAGCCCCUAGACAGGCUCCACUGGGCAGCCAUCUGUCUGGGUGUGGGCAUGGUGGUGCUCCUGGUGCUGAUCUGCAUGGCGGCCAUGGUCCUGCGCCACAUCCAGCAGCAGAGGAAAAGGAAGAAGGACUCAGAGUCCAUGAACAACCUAUCAGACGUCCAGAAGGAGAACCUCAUAUCUGACCUGCAGCUGAAGAACAUCAACAAAAAGCUGGACCUGGACCUGGAAGUGGAUUGUCUCAGGGAGAACUCCCAAAACCAUAAACACAUCAACUACCACUUGGACUACAAAACCUCCAAGGAGUACAAGGAUGAACCAUCAGAAGAGGAUAAAGAUGACAACUGUAAAAAGAUGAUAGAGGAGAAAAUGCCAUUGACUACAAAGUACAGCGAAAGGCCGGAGUGUAGGAUAUCAACGAUAUGUUCUCCAAGAGAUUCAAUGUACCAGUCUGUGUUUGUGAUAGCAGAGGAGAAGAAUGAAUGCGUCAUAGCAACUGAGGUAUAAUACAUGGAUGGUAUCAGACAUUCUGAAGAAUGGAUAUCUUCUGGACUGUUUACAGGUGUAGAAAUAGAUGGGGUUUAUUUAACCGCAAAGUGCUGCUCUUGAAAACUUGAUAACUGGACCGAUCCUGUGUGCUCUAUGAAUGCAAUAAAAUGUAAGGACUGAACACACUGUAAUAGAGAAAUAAUGUGGGCUUUUGGACAUUUCACCCGCAGUGUGUACUGACAGAUUCAGCCCCUUGACAGAACGUCCCACUAUAUCCAAGGGAAACAGGCCUGUGUUAAUGCCAGCAUGCCCAUCAGCAGGAUGAGAGGGCUCUGUCUGGAGAUACUCCACCUUAUUGUGAUAAUCAGCAACCAACCAAUCAACUUACUGCCCAACAAGCCUAUGGAAGGAGCCAGCUACUUCCAUUUCUCUACCCUGGUGAAGUGCUAUAUAAUAAGGCAGACUUUGUUUAAUAAACCUUCAAGGAGAGAAUAAAAACGUCUGGAAACGGUUCAUUUUAUGAGAAUAUUUGAGACCCAGGCCUAUGUCAAUUUUGUAAAUGAAUUGGGGUUUUUUUUAAUUAAAAACUUUGAUAAAUCAUGUAUGCAUCACGAAUCAUAGAGCCUUAAGUGUGGGUUAAAGAGCUAAAUUGGUGCCCAGCUUCUUCUUGGAUCCAGUGCACAACAAAAAUGAAGGGAAAAUACUUAAGAGAAAACAACUGAUGCAAUACACGAUGCAGUGCCAGGGGUGUUCAAGAAGAAAUAUUGACUUGUUAUUAUGCAACAUUGCCCAGAAAUGAAGACAAAGAAAAACAAAAGUGACUAUCAUACCAAGGACGCCUUUAAUUAGAAUUGACUUCACUGAACCAAUAAUGUUAUUUUUAAGAUUAGUAUUUCACUAGUUAUUUAAAUAUUUCGAAGCACUGGUCUUUCUAUGUUUUAUAAGAUUAUUUUGUAUAUAAUGUAUAUUUAUAAAUGUAGAAGUCUCUGUACAACUGUUUUUUUAUUUGAUGCCCAAAAAGUUGAAUACAUUUUUUAAUGUUGUGAUUGUUGUUUUUUAAAACAAUGAAAAAAUAUCUGGUACACUGUUGUUUGUUGGUUUCAUGUUGAGUAUAAUUGGUCAACUAUAAAGCUAUAAAUUUGCCUAGAUAUUGGAAUGAUCAAGAACCUUCAGUUGAAAUCCACCACCUGUUGUGGAAAUGGCUUCAUUGUCUAGAUGAUGUAUGACCUUGUAGCAGUUAUAAUAAUCACAGAGGUGAGAGGCAUGUGUGUCAAUGUGAUGUUAAAUCAAUGUGCUCGCAAUCAUUCAGUGGACAGUUUUGUAUGUGACAGCAAUGUGUGAAAUAUGGACAAAGUUAUAUAUUAAAACAUGUAAUGUUAAA